UCUACGUGUCCAUAAAGAAUCAAGAAGAAUCAUGAUUGAGCAAGUCUGUGAAUGGCUACCAGCUUUCCUCUCAGCAGUGUUUUACCAAGUCUUCAAGUGACACACAUCUCUUGGUGCCAUAGCACAUGGAUUUCAGGACUGCAUGUGAAGAGACAAAGACAGGUACUUGUUUGCUGCAGGAUGGUAACCAGGAACCUUUCAAAGUGCGGCUGCACUUAGCCAAAGAUAUUUUGACAAUUCAAGAACAAGACGUGAUCUGUGUGUCUGGCGAACCUUUUUACUCUGGUGAAAGAACUGUAACUAUUAGAAGACAAACUGUAGGAGGAUUUGGAUUAAGUAUAAAGGGAGGAGCAGAACAUAAUAUUCCAGUGGUGGUUUCCAAAAUUUCCAAAGAGCAACGAGCGGAACUCUCAGGCUUGCUUUUCAUAGGGGACGCAAUUCUACAGAUUAAUGGAAUUAAUGUAAGAAAAUGCAGGCAUGAAGAAGUGGUCCAAGUUCUUCGGAAUGCUGGGGAAGAGGUGACCCUGACUGUGUCCUUCCUUAAAAGAGCUCCUGCAUUUCUUAAACUGCCUCUUAAUGAAGAUUGUGCAUGCAUUCCUAGUGAUCAAAGCAGUGGCACAUCAUCACCUUUGUGUGACAGUGGUUUACAUCUUAACUACCAUCCAACUAAUACGGACACCCUUUCAUGUUCUUCAUGGCCUACAUCUCCAGGGCUUAGGUGGGAGAAGAGAUGGUGUGAUCUUCGAUUAAUUCCACUCCUUCACUCCCGGUUUUCACAAUAUCUACCAGGAUCAGAUAUGUGCAGACAAAAUGCAUUCCAAGUGAUCGCUGUGGAUGGCAUUUGUAGUGGAAUAAUCCAGUGUCUCUCUGGUGAAGACUGUAUUGACUGGCUACAAGCGAUAGCAACGAAUAUUUCCAACCUCACAAAGCACAAUAUUAAAAAAAUCAACAGGAAUUUUCCCGUAAACCAGCAGAUAGUCUACAUGGGCUGGACAGAAGAGCGGGAACAAGAUUCUCUUCAGGACCGAAUGUAUACACCAAAGUUUCUAGCACUGCGUGGUUCUUCACUUUAUAAAUUUAUAUCCCCUCCGGUUACUACAUGGGACUGGACACGAGCUGAGAGAACAUUUUCUGUAUAUGAGAUCAUGUACAAAAUACUCAAGGACAGUGAUCUACUGGAUCAGCGAAAACACUGCUUUGGUGUUCAGUCUGAAACAGGAGAGGAUCUCUACUUUUCUGUGGAAUUAGAAUGCGACCUCUUACUAUGGGAAAAAGCCUUCCAAUCAGCUACUUUUCUAGAAGUGGAACGGAUACAGUGCAAGACAUAUGCUUGUGUUCUAGAGAGUCAUCUUAUGGGGCUUACCAUAGAUUUUGGCAUGGGCUUUGUAUGCUUCGAUGCAGCAACAAAGGCUGUACUGUGGCGGUACAAGUUUUCCCAGCUUAAAGGGUCUUCAGAUGAUGGCAAGAGCAAAAUCAAAUUUUUGUUCCAAAAUCCAGAUACUAAGCAAAUUGAAGCAAAGGAGCUGGAAUUUUCCAAUCUGUUUGCAGUCCUCCAUUGUAUUCAUUCCUUCUUUGCUGCCAAAGUGGCAUGUCUGGACCCAUUAUAUGUCAGCAGUCAAGCCACAACUAUUCCUGCUGCUGCUGCUGCUCCUGGUGCUGCUUUUGCUGCUUCCGCUGCUACUACUUCUACUGCUGCUGCAACCGCUGCUGCUACCAUUGCUACAAAUUCUGGCAGUAGCAAAUUAAAGUAUACGACUUGAUAUCUCCCAUUUCUACAUUUGCCACUUUCCAGGAGAAUAUAAGAGUGUGCAUAUAUGUUCACCAGACUAGGUCUAUGGAGAACAGGAAGCAUGAAAACCAGCUCAAGAGACAAGUGGCAGUUAUCAGCAAAUUGUGGUCACAUGGAAUCAUAUUUUACAUCUCAACUUUAUAAGACAUCAGUAGGCAAUCAAAGCAGAAAUCCCUAAAAUGGGUGAUCACAUUAUGACUGUGCUUUGAAUGACAAUGGAAGUGAAGGAAACUAAAGAAAACCAGUGAAACAACACUACACCUAAGUGUUUAAUACAAUUUUCCUGUCUCCAUGAUAAUAGACGGAGAACUGUCCUUUUCUUGUUUCCAGAUGUUUUUAUGACAACUUAUUGUGCUCUGGAUUUGAAAUAGCAUCCUCUUGUUAGACUACAAUUGAAGUAAGGACAACUAAGAGGCAUACAGCAUGUAGCAACAAGGAGGUGACAAUGGAAAGAUGCUACUGUAUCUCCUUAGAAAAGAAAGCACCUUAAGUACUGUUGCAAAUCCAUAUUUAUGUCCCUUCAACCUAGAAUCAUGCUCAGUUUUAAUUCUGCUUUUCCCCCAUUGUUGUAGUAAGAAAAUUAUAGCCAUAUUAGUCCAACUGUUCUUUUUUUAGAGGAAAUAUAAGCGUAACAAAGCCAUCUACUCUUAAUAGCCUAUAAUUCUUAAGCUGGUUAGACCUUGUUCUCACAUCAGAUAAAGUAGGGAUAUUCUACCAUUUUCAGACUGCAGUGGAGGCUCUCAAAAUUCAUGGCUUCUCCCUCAGUAAGUUACUCCAUCAGUAAAUCAAUCAACUGAUCAGUUCCUAGAAAUAGAAAUGUGAAUGGGGAAUUACAUGUUCACAUUGGACAGUGGCAGUAUAAAUUCAUUCACCACCACCACCAUGUCUGCUUUUUCUGCGUGUGAAUGUUUUUCUAAAGAAAAAAAAUCACCUGCAGUUUGAAGGAGUAACAUCUUGCCGUAUUGAGUCAUCUCCUGUUUUAUUCUGGAGUAGUUUCAUUAAUCUAAUAGAAUUACACAGAAGUAGCAGCUUGAGGAUCAUGGUCUCAAAUCCACAAAAACAUUUUAUUUCUAGAUAAAGAUUCUCCAUUUUUAGUGAAAAUUUGUUAAAAGCCAAAAUGUUUUUUUAAUUGUGAUUUAAAAUUUAAAAAAUAAUAUUACAACUGUUUAAUAAUCAGGCAAGAUCUAAUGUUAGGGUCAUCUCCUGGAACUCUGCCAUCAAGUUAACUAAAGGGGAGGAUGCGCCCUGUGACUUGCUCUACCGCAAAGCCUCAAAAUCUGCUGUGGAAGCCGGGGGAGCCCUCCAUGGUACAGACAGAGAGGUGGAAGAGAUUGGAAAGGAAAUCUAUCACAAAUACAAAACCUUCAGUUUUAUAGAGAAGUGUCUUUUAAUCUACCAGUCUUUGUUCUCAGAUCUGAAAUAUAUUUUGUUACAGGCACAAUAAAGGUUGCUCAAGCAUUAAUUUUUUAAAAUCUGAUUUUCAUAUUCCCAACAGGAAAUCAAGGUAUUGGACUAAUUUACUUGUUCUAUUUAACAACACAACUAUAAGAAAUGACCUUUCAUAAAGCAAGUUUCAUUUCAAGUUCAGUGAAAGAUCUUCCCCACCACAAUUUAUACAGUAAAACCUGGAACGUAUCUUAGUGCAAUAUUGUGAAUUAUAAAACUAGCCCAUAAAGCAAGUCCACAAUCCAUUUUAAGAUAUUUUUAAUAGGAGACAGCAAGAGCCCCUUUUGACAGUGCACAUGCAUUCAUUCUUGUAUGUUCCAUACAUGCAUCGCCCUUUUCUUUGUGUCUUGGGAAACCUGAGAUAAUUAGACCUCUCUGACAUUCAGAAAAAAGUCACAGUGCACUUGUAUGCAGGUGGCUCUUUUCAGAUAAUGCAGUGAAAGUAUGACUGUUGGGAGAGCUUGCAAAUGCCACUGCAGUACAGCCCUUUCUGUAUGCCCUGACUGGCCAUGUGUAAAAUGUGUAUAAGAGGUAAAAAAAAUAACACAUCUUUUUUACAAAGUCCAUUUUAUGAUAAAUGUAGGGAUGAAACUUUAAGUUUUGAUUUUUACUUGCAUAGCUAUAUGUCAAUAUAACACUGAUCAUGUUCUAGAGAGCCAUUCUAUCUCUUUCUUGGAAAAGCUUUGGUUUUUGCUGAUCAAAAUCCAGUGCACAGGUAUGAACGCAUACGUCAGAUUGAAAUCAACAAAGCUAGGUGUGCUCAGAUUGUUCUUUAUGGUUCUUAAACAUAGAAGUGUACGGAAAAAUUUAAGAUCUUUUGGUGGCACAGAAGGUCGUCUAUAUUUGGUGUACUUUCCUCUCUACUUGUCAUAUGUCCUGGAAGAAGCUCAGCUAUAACAUUUUUUAAGGAAAUAAACAUGUAAAUAUUUUAAAAUCUCAGGGCUAAAUCCAACUCUUAGUCCUCAUUAGAUUAGAUCCAUUGAAUCAAUGGGAUUGAUAUAAGUGUUGAUUUAUCAAGUUCCUGUUGAUGAUUCAGUGGGUCUACUGUAGUUAGAUCCAACUAAAAAGUGGGUGUAGGCCCCAGCAUCUCAAUACGCACCCUGGAACAAACACACAGGAGCUCUCCAGAUUAAUGUAUGUAUGAGUGUAGAUGGAGAAACAUCAUUAAUAUUUGUUUCAGUACUGAAAAUGGAAUGAAUCAAUGCUAUCCUGUGUUUUGAGGGUGGAAACCCAAUAUAUAUAAGCAACACAAACAAAUUAUAUUAUAGGAUGAUUCCUGCUUGACCAAAUAUGAAUUAUUUUUAUUUGCUAAUUAUUUUUAGUUGUGGUUAAAUGGUUUGCAUGAAGCGGAAGAAGAUGUUCUAGUGGUUAAGACAGAAAGAACAUUAUUUUUUUAAUAACUAGCUGCAUUAGUCUGGGCAAGCAGAUCAGACAAAACACACACACACACACAUAAAUGAUCUCGCUCCCUUUUUGACUUUGAUGGUCACCCGCCCAAAUUGGGAACUCGUCCUAUCACGAUACUACUCCAUGCAGAUGAUGCAGCCAUCAUUUCCCGGACUCAUC